AUUUGUAGUGCGUAAAUUGCAUAAUUUUACUAUUGAACGUGAUUUAAUUUACAUGUAUUGUCUAUUUACACGAAAAAAGCAUCAAAAUGAUUUGUUAAAACUUUUGUUUUCGUUUUUUGUGAUUAAUGAUUGCACGUAGACAAGAUUUAAUUUUAUUACAUAUUUUUGAAUCCAUAUUUAUAUACGACACACGAAAAAACCGUAAAAUUUUCAGUUUAUAAACAAUGCUUUAUUGUCCGCCCAAUGUAACGUUUUCCCAAAUUUGGGUUAAUCAUGGCAUAUCUCACUGUUUUAUGGAUACAGUGGGUACCUCAGUGUAUGCUGGAUUCAUACUCAUAUUUGGUUUUAUACAACUAAUGAUGUACCGAAAAUAUGCUACCCGCAUAACGGAUCCAACACUAAUAUCGAAAUCACGUCUAUAUGCAUUACAAUUAUUUUUACUGGGCCUAUUUCCAAUAUUGACCAUAAUAAGAUUUUUAUUAAAUGCACAAAUAUAUUCCGAUAGCGCGGUUUAUGGAUAUAUGAUACUUUCUACAGCGCUUAUUUGUUUCGCAUAUCCAUUUUCCAUAUGUCUCAUUAUAAAGGAGCGUAAUUAUCAAUUACCUUCCUUACCAACACGAGGACAUGGCUUAAUAUUGUUAUUAUUUUGGACCUUAGCCUUAAUUAAUGAAUCUUUAUCAUUAAUUAAUUUACGACAUGAGGAUUGGUGGUUCAAUUUAAAAACUAAUAAAGAUGAAAUUGAAAUGGGUUUCUUUGUGGCACGGUACCUAAUGUCUCUGCUCAUAUUUGUAUUAGGCCUAAAAGCUCCUGGUAUUAUGUACCCCACUAAUCCUCAUCAACGUUUAAAUGAGGAUCCAGAACAAAACAACGACAAUACGAACAGAGGCUCAGCAUUUAAAAAUGCUUAUAAAAAACUACGCAAACUCUUUCCUUAUCUUUGGCCUAAGAAAGAUAUGGUUUUACAAAUUACUGUGCUGAUUUGUAUAAUAUUAUUGUUAGCUGGACGCGUUAUUAAACUUUUCUUACCCAUUUAUCGUAAAAAAUUAGUUGACAGUUUAACUAUAGAACCAAUAGUAUUUCGUUGGGAUUUCGUUUUGAUAUAUGUUGCACUCUCAUUCGUACAAGGCGGUGGCACCGGUACAAUGGGUGUCUUCAAUAAUCUGCGCUCAUUUUUAUGGAUACGCGUUCAACAAUAUACCACCAGAGAAAUCGAAGUAGAUCUGUUUAGACAUUUACAUCAACUGUCAUUACGUUGGCAUCUGCAAAGAAAAACAGGCGAGGUUCUGCGUGUUAUGGAUCGUGGCACUGACUCAAUUAAUAAUCUCUUAAAUUAUAUAAUAUUUUCUAUAACACCAACAAUUGUUGAUUUGAUUGUUGCUGUAGUUUUCUUUAUUUAUGCCUUCAACUGGUGGUUUGGACUUAUUGUUUUCGCUACCAUGUUCCUUUAUAUAUUGGCUACUAUAAUGGUAACUGAAUGGCGUACCAAAUACCAACGUCGUAUGAAUCUAGCAGAUAAUGAGCAACGUACCCGUAGUGUGGACUCUUUACUAAAUUUCGAAACCGUAAAAUAUUAUGGAGGAGAAAAAUAUGAAGUAGACGCUUAUCGGGAAUCUAUUUUAAAAUAUCAGAAAGAAGAAUUCUUGACUUUACUUACGCUUAAUUUGUUAAACACAUCACAAAAUAUAAUAUUAUGUAUCGGUUUACUUUGUGGCUCCAUGCUUUGUGUUUAUCUUGUGGUUCAUCACCAGACACUUACUGUCGGCGAUUUCGUACUGUUUUUUACAUAUUUAAUGGAUCUCUACAUGCCAUUGAAUUGGUUUGGAACUUAUUAUCGCGCUAUACAAAAGAACUUUGUUGAUAUGGAGAAUAUGUUUGAUCUCCUUAAGGAAGAAGAAGAAAUUAUUGAUGCACCAGGUGCUGCGCCUUUACUCACUGCUGGUGGUGGCAUAGAGUUUUCAAAUGUUACAUUCGGUUAUUCACCUGAAAAAGUAGUUCUUCGUAAUGUUAGUUUUAAGGUACCGCCAGGAAAGACUAUCGCUAUUGUUGGUCCUUCAGGUGCAGGUAAAAGUACAAUCGUAAGACUGCUUUUCCGUUUCUAUGAUGUGCAAGGAGGUGCUAUAUCUAUAGAUGAUCAAAAUAUAAAAUUAGUGCAACAAGAAACAUUACGUAAAGCAAUUGGUGUUGUACCGCAAGAUACUGUACUAUUUAAUAAUACAAUU